AUGAAGGGACAAGUCUGCAAGACAUCAGGUGGCGGGAGCCAGGGCUUCUCCGGCCGCUCCGCUCUGGUCUCUGGCAGCAGCAGGAUGAGCUGUGUGGCCCGCUCUGGGGGAGCCAGCGGAGGGGCCUGUGGGCUCCGGGGUGGAGCAGGUGGCUUUGGCAGUCGCAGCCUGUACAGCCUGGGGGGCCACAAGAGCAUCUCCACCAGCGUGGCGGGUGGCUUUGGGGGAGGGCGUAGUAGCUGUGGCAGUGGCUUUGGGGGUAGCUAUGGAGGUGGUUUUGGUGGUGGCAGAGGAAUGGGAGGUGGCUUUGGAGGAGUUGGUGGCUUUGGAGGAGUUGGUGGCUUUGGAGGGGCUGGUGGCUUUGGGGGACUUGGUGGCUUUGGGGGGCCUGGUGGCUUUGGUGGGCCUGGUGGCUUUGGCCCUGGUGGCUUCCCUGGGGGAAUCCAGGAAGUGACUGUCAACCAGAGCCUCCUGCAGCCCCUCAAUGUGGAGAUUGACCCUCAGAUUGGGCAAGUCAAGGCCCAGGAGAAGGAGCAGAUCAAGACCCUCAACAACAAGUUCGCCUCCUUCAUCGACAAGGUGCGGUUCCUGGAACAACAGAACAAGGUCCUGGAGACCAAGUGGAACCUGCUCCAACAGCAGGGCACCAAUUCCACCACAGGCACCAACAACCUUGAGCCCCUUUUUGAGAACUAUAUCAGCUCCCAGCGGAGCUACCUGGAUACCAUCCUGGGGGAGAGAGGUCGCCUGGACUCAGAGCUGAGGAACAUGCAGGACCUGGUGGAGGACUUCAAGAACAAAUAUGAGGAUGAAAUCAAUAAGCGUACAGCUGCUGAGAAUGAAUUUGUGACCCUGAAGAAGGACGUGGAUGCUGCCUACACGAAUAAGGUAGAGCUGCAGGCCAAGGUGGAUGCCUUAACAGACGAGAUCAACUUCCUGACGACCCUCUAUGAUAUGGAGCUGUCCCAGAUGCAGAGCCACGUCAGUGACACAUCCGUGGUCCUGUCCAUGGACAACAACCGCUCCCUGGACCUGGACAGCAUCAUCGCCGAAGUCAAGGCCCAGUACGAGGACAUCGCCCACCAGAGCAAGGCCGAGGUUGAGGCCCUGUACCAGACCAAGUUGGGACAGCUGCAGACCACAGCUGGCAAGCAUGGAGAUGAUCUGAAGAGCACCAAGAGUGAGAUCAUGGAGCUCAACAGGAUGAUCCAGAGGCUGCGGGCUGAGAUCGAGAACGUCAAGAAGCAGAAUGCCAACCUUCAGGCGGCCAUUGCUGAAGCUGAGCAGCGUGGGGAGAUGGCCCUCAAAGACGCCAAUGCCAAGCUCCAGGAGCUGCAGGCUGCCCUGCAGAAGGCCAAGGAUGACAUGGCCCGGCUGCUGCGUGACUAUCAAGAGCUGAUGAAUGUCAAGCUGGCCCUGGACGUGGAGAUUGCCACCUACAGGAAGCUGCUGGAGGGCGAGGAGUGCAGGAUGUCUGGAGAGUGCAAGAAUGCUGUCAGCAUCUCGGUGGUCAGCAGCAGGAACACGACCUCGGCUUCGGCCGGUGGUUAUGGAGGCAGUUUCAGUGGUGGCUUCGGCCCUGCAGGCGGCAGCGGAUUCAGUGGUGGCAGCGGAUUGGGAUUUGGAGGCGGCAGCGGCUUUGGCUCUGGCUCUGGCUCCGGGGCUUGCGGUGCGAUCAGUGGCGGAGGCUUCAGCUCAGGCAGCAGCCUGGGCGGCAGCGUCAAGUUCUCCCAGUCCUCCCAGCGCUGUUCCAGAUAAAUACGCGCAUGGGCACCGCUGCUACCCCAGCACUCCCAGCCCCCAGCCGCUCCUCCCCUCUGACAGACCU